ACCUACUGCGACUUUUGUGCCGCGACUUUUCUGUGCUGCGACUUUUCUGUGCUGCGACUCUUGUGUGCUGCGACUUUUGUGUGCCGCGACUCUUCUGUGCUGCGACGCUUCUGUGCCGCAACUCUUCUGUGCCGCAACUCUUCUGGCCGACAGCGCAAAGGCUCGCAGUCGCUGUGCCCACCGCCAUGCCCGCCCCCACCGCGCUGCAGCGCCGCCCCGACGAGCCCGUCGCCGACGUCGCCAUGCUCGGCCUGCCCGCCGACGAGUCCAUGGCCGCCGCCGACCUGCUCGACAUGCACGCCGUCGCCGACGACGCCCUGCCCGACAGCCACCGCCCCGCGCCCGACGGCGCGGCCACGGUCGACGAGAGCGGCCGUCCGCAGUUCGCGCCCAGCAGGAGCGUCCCGCUGGCCUUUCGCCGCGAGACGCGCAAGGUGCCCGUCCCGCCGCACCGCAUGACGCCGCUGAAGAACGCGUGGCCCAAAAUCUACCCGCCGCUCGUCGAGCACCUGCACCUGCAGGUGCGCAUGAACAUCAAGACGCGCUCCGUCGAGCUGCGCACCUCGGCCCUCACCACGUCGACGGACGCGCUGCAAAAGGGCGAGGACUUUGUCAAGGCGUUUACGCUCGGCUUCGAUGUCGACGACGCCAUCGCGCUGCUGCGCCUCGACGACUUGUACAUGGAGACGUUUGAGAUCAAGGACGUCAAGACCCUGCAGGGCGAGCACCUGGGCCGCGCCAUCGGCCGCAUCGCCGGCAAGGACGGCAAGACCAAGUUUGCCAUUGAGAACGCGAGCCGCACCCGCGUCGUCCUGGCCGACCAGAAGAUCCACAUCCUGGGCGGCUUCCAGAACAUCCACGUCGCCCGCGAGAGCAUCGUGAGCCUGAUCCUGGGCCAGAACCCGAGCAAGGUCUACGGCAACCUGCGCACCGUCGCGGGGCGCAUGAAGGAGCGUUUCUAGAGGGCCGUGUAGGGCCGUGUAGGGCCGUGUAGGGCCGUGUUCUAGGAGGGUCGUGUAGGGCCGUGUUCUAGUAGGGUCGUGUAGGGCCGUGUUCUAGGAGGAACGUGUUCUAGGAGGGUCGUGUUCUAGGAGGAACGUGUUCUAGGAGGGUCGUGUUCUAGGAGGAACGUGUUCCUACAUGAAGGCGCGUUGAGCAUUUGCAGGCGUUAUACGAGGGAUGGGAAUCUAGAUACAACCACAUGAAUUCAUCGAGUUCCAACCACAUGAAUUCAUCGAGUUCCAACCACACUUUCAACCACACUUUUGACCGCACUUCAACCGCACUUCAACUUCAUCAACCACACUUCAACUUCUUCAACUUCAUCAGCCACACUUCAACUUCAUCAACCGCACUUCAACUUCAUCAACCACACCUCAACUUGAUCGGCCCAAUGCACCCGUCUACACUCGUCCCUGCACCCGCCUACACUCGUCCCUGCACCC